UAAUCUAGCGCGCUGGGGGCCAUAGAGACGUGGCUGUUUCUGGUGUGAUAUUCCAGUGGAGGAAAAAAGGGGUGCAGAGUCCGGAGAGGACAGUUCCUGCGCUUCGAGUUUGUUUCUAUAACAAGAUUCUCAGAGGAUCCUUUUGUUUUAGAUCUUGAUCUUUUAGAUCCGACAGAAGUAGCUGAGUUUGGACUGGUAAUUAUAGUUUGGCUGGAGUCCAUCCUCUAAAUUCAGGAUAUGCUUUGGUCAUGUCCCAAAUGGAAAAUGAAUCACUGAAAGAAGAUGUGGGUGAACCUGAUGAAAAUGUGCAGAAGACAGUGGAGGAAGAUGUGACCAAGAAUAAUGGCGAGGAAGCCGAACCUACGUUUAUGAGCCAGAAAAGUCCAGAAGCCAAAAGUCCAGAAACCAAAAGUCCAGAAGCCAAAAUCCCUGAGCUCAGUGCAGCACAAGAGCCACAGGUCUCAGGUCCCAUUGAGAAGACCCAAACAGGAUGGGGAUAUUGGGGAAACUGGGGGAAAUCCUUGCUUUCAAGUGCUUCUGCUACAGUGGCCACUGUUGGUCAUGGAAUCUCAAAUGUCAUUGAAAAAGCAGAAACAUCCCUAGGGAUCCCCAGCCCUAGUGACUUACCAUCUGAUGCCAGAGAUGUAAUAAAAGAAAGCCACAAUUCUGAAGAUGUAAGUGAUGACAAGAAAGAGAAUGAAAAUCCCUCACCUCUCAGUGGUGCUUUUGGAAUGUUUUCUACCAUUUCUUCUGCUGUUCAGAGCACGGGGAAAACAGUUAUAAGUGGAAGUCUGGAUGCAUUAGAAUACAUCGGUAAAAAGACAAUGGACGUGAUAGCUGAAGGUGACCCUGGAUUUAAGAAAACAAAAGGCUUGAUGAACAGAAAUUCCACACUAUCUCAGGUCUUGCGAGAGGCCAAGGAAAGAGAACAACAGAGGACAGCUGCUGAGGUUUCCAUGACUACAGAGAAGAAAGCACAUUAUGGAUUGCUUUUUGAUGAGUUUCAGGGGCUUUCUCAUUUGGAAGCCUUAGAGAUGCUUUCCAGAGAGAGUGAAUCAAAGGUGAAAUCUGUUAUAAGUACACUUUCUGGUGAGGAGUUUGCUACUUUAAAGGAAGAGCUGGAAAAGCUGAAAGAAGCAUUUUCAUUAGCUGAAUUUGAUGAUGAUGAAGACGAAGAAGAAGAAAAAAAAGAAGACGAAGAUUUCACAGUUGAAGUGGGCAUACUCUUUUCACAGCUGCGCAUCUCUCUAAAACCAGCUAAAUUGCUCCAAGCAAGGAACUCUGCUCAUGAAUUAGUUAAAAACCUCAACGUGCAAGUAGUCAAGGAAGCAGAACAACAUGAAGGAGAAGGAGACCAGGAAGUGGGCUCAGGAGAUACUGAGCAAGAGAAUAAAAAGUCAGUGGAGGAUAUUCACAUGGUUGCAAUCACAAGCCUGGCUGAGUUGACGGCUUAUUCCAUUGAAAUGUUCCACAAAACUGCAGCAUUGGUUCUUCAUGGGCAAAAAGAAGAUGUGUUGGCUAUAAUCCGAGCUAAAGCCCUUUCCCAAAUGACCAUUUUGCUGUGCAAACAAUUGUCAUCUCUCUCUAAAGAAUUUGCCACAUGCUUAACAACUGCAGGGGUGGAGAAGAAGGCUGAUGUGCUCAACCCUUUAAUCACGGGAGUGUUUUUGGAGGCUUCCAACAGUGCCUCUUAUAUCCAAGAUGCCUUCCAACUACUUUUACCAGUGCUGCAGAUCUCGCACAUCCAGUCUCAGAAAGAGUUAUCUCAGCAAUAAAUCAAAGUCUGACUAAACUGGAACAUCACUUCCAAUGGACCUGAAUGGAAGUUCCCUCGUUCCAUAAGAAGAUGAAAGCGUUUUAAUAUAAAUUAAGACAUAUAUGUUGACUUGUAGUUUUCCACCGACCAGAAUAAGGCCAUUAUGUAGCCACCUACCUACAUAGACAAGAUGGCAGCAGAGGCAGCAUAGGAAGUUUGUAAUGCAAUUUGUCUUCAUUGUUUUGCUGGAUAAAGUUCUAUCUGCUUCUGCUCUUUAGUCUUCUGCAUUACGCUCCUUGAGAUAAGAGCGUUAUUAAGGAAAGACUUAUAGCGCAAGGGGCGCAUAGCAUAACAGUGUUCAUGGCAUGAGACCUUAGAUUAUUGGAGUCAGUAGCUGCUGCAAUUGCAUUAUACUCACAUUGAAAUGCUAUUUUAAGUAAAAUGCCUAGCACUCCAAAGAGAUGCUGAGAAAAUAAGAUUUGUUUCAGGACAUGUGAGUGAUAUUUCAAUUGUCUAUUCUAAGAUCUGGUGAUCCCAAAAGGGGGGGGGGAAACUUUAAAGAACAGCUAAGGUUGUAGCUCUAAGGGUUAUUUGAAAGGAGAAAAAGGGCCACUUAUAUAUUUUGACUUGCUCCCCAGUAAGCUUUAUGCUUCAGGUGUGAAAAGGUUUUAGACAAAUUAAUGGUCUGACCUUUUACUGAUGGACAUUCUCUACUAGUGCUAAUUUAGAGAUAGAUUUGGGUUGUUUUUUUAAAGAAACACUUUUUAUGUAAUAGCAUCUGACGUUUAAAUAAACACAUUUUGCUAAACCUCACUUAGUCAAUAGAUUUUCAGUGUCCUUCUUCCUUAGCAGUAAAUAAAAGGAGCUAGAAGGACUUGACUUGAUUUAAAGAAAAGUAAGGCUUUUGAUAAAUGCCUUGAGGUAAGAUGGGCAGUUUAUAAAUUUUAUAAAUAAAUAAAUAAAAUGAAGCUAUCAAGGGGAGCUUACAACUUGGAUGCAGCAUCUCAGACUCAUUAGCCCCACUCAUGACUCUGGAUAUUUCUAUGAAAAUAAUUUUUCAGGUUCUGGAACUUUGCCUGAAUUCCCAAAUUGUGAUUUAAUUUUUCGUGUCAUAACUCCAAAGGCUUUAGAAUACAAAUUCCUCUUGUCUUUUUUGUCCAAUUGUUACAUUGUCCAAUUUUGUCUUGUUCCAUAAUGUAUAUGUUUGUUUACUUUUCCUUCCUAGAAUCUGCUCAGGGAAAUUCUACUAAGUUUUAUGUUUUGAAUAAGCAGCUUUCUAUGAUUACAAUGACUCAAAUAUCACUUCAGCAAAGAAAAAAGAGUUGAAUUGCAACUCAUUUUACUUUAGUAAAUGUCCUUGCUUUUAACUUUAUUAGCAUUUCUUUGUUUUAACUGUGAUUCUAAAUUUCAUCUGGUUGCUUGAUGGCCUUAGAGUUACUAAAUUACUUUAUUACCAUAUUAUAGCAUUAGCAAGGCAUGUUGGAGCAAUGCAUUAUAUACAUAUACAUACGUCUGUGUGUGUGUAUUUAAAAAUGUGUAAACACAUAUAUGUGUAUGUACAUACAUACAUACACACAUUCAGUAAAAAAUACCCCUUAACUUUACAAAUAAA